UAACACAAAAAGCCAUUCAUAUUAACAUGGAAAGUAAUAAAUUAGAUGCCACUACCAUAUGCAGGACUUGCAUGUGCGAAGGUGCCAAUAUGAGAUCAGUGUUUAACAAAUUGCAAGACGGAAAAUCUGCGACUGAUUUACUUGAAAUCAUUGCAAAUAUUACCAUUAACAGUGAUGAUAACCUUCCUAAACAAAUUUGCGAUAAAUGCGAGAGGUUUUUGUGUAAAGCUGCUUAUUUUAAAAGUCGAUGUUUGGACGUCGAGGCAAAGUUGAAGAAACUCUUUAGCGAUGACUCUCCGUCAAGUUUAUCCUUGAUAAAACAUGAAAAUAAAGCGUCAGAAAGCACUGACGAGCCGUACCAGUGUUCUAUUUGCUUCAGUAAAUAUUCUGAAAUAGCUUUAUUAGAUAAACAUGUGUUCAACUUUCAUCAAAUUAAAAAAGUAUCACUGUUCAAUGAAUUCGCACUAUUUUCAAAUACCAAAGCGAAUAUAAUAACCCUAGGAACAGUAUCAGAAAAAGAAGAAAAUGAAAGUUUGGUUAAAGAGGAAAUAAAUAAUGAUUUUGUUGAAGACGGUAAUUUUGAUAAUGAAUAUUCAGAGCAUGAUGCAGAAUCUAUACUUAUCGAGUUUGAGCCUAAGAUAGAUAAAGACACAUUUGAAGCGCCUGUAAUGUCUAUAGACAACAACAAAAUAGACAAUAUAGAAAAAGAGAAAUACAAAUGUGUAAAAUGCAACCAGAAAUUCAAAUCGGCGAAUUCCCUGAACUUACACAAACGAAAACAUAAAGAAAAAAAAGUUAUUGACAAGAAAUACCAAUGUUCUUUAUGCAUGCGCAAAUUUAUAAGUAAGUCCGGUUUGACGAAUCAUUUAAGUAUCCACGAACGGAAGGACGAUGUUAAAUACACUUGCGGUAGUUGUAAAAGAGAAUUUAAACAUAAAGCACAUUUAGACAACCACAUGGUGACGUUACAUGCGAAUGAAAAAGGUUUCACUUGUGACUUUUGCUUGAAAAACUUUGCGACGCAAGAAAGUUUGGAGAUACAUAAGGAUUUGCAUAAGAUUGAUAAGAAGCACUCAUGCCAGUAUUGCAAUAAGUCGUUUUAUAUGCUGUCGACGUUGACUGAUCACGUCAGGACACAUACUGGUGAAAAACCAUACCUGUGCUCCACCUGCGGGCGUGGCUUCAGCCAGAAAACGAACUUAGCCCAACACAUGCGCCGCCAUCUUGGAUUGAAACAAUUCGCAUGUGAACACUGUACUCAGAGAUUCGUGUCAAAAGGCGAGCUAGUAGCCCACACACGAAAACACAGCGGCGCACACCCGUUCAUAUGUGACGAGUGUGGUAACGGGUUUACGACAUCCUCCUCCCUGGUCAAACACAGACGGACGCACAGCGGGGAGAGGCCUUUCGCCUGCGAUCUGUGUCACAUGAGAUUCGCAGCGUCAGGAACCCUAAAGAAUCACCGUCGUACACACACAGGGGAAAAACCUUAUCAGUGCACACACUGCGAGAAGGCUUUCGUGCAGAAAAACGAUCUCGUCUCACAUGUCAGAUGUCACACAGGGGAGCGUCCGUUCGUAUGCAACGUGUGCGGCAGCGCGUUCCGCAAGCCGGCAGCAUUACGAAGUCACGCCAAAAUGCACACAAGAGACAAAGAACUUAUGCCUUACUGAAAACUACCUAUAAAUAUUCAUGAACGAUUUUAGACUAGUAAAUCAUUACAGCAUGUGUGAAACAAGGAAAUGCAUAUGUCACACAGGGGAACGUCCGUUCGUGUGCGGUAGCGCGUUCCUAAGUCACGUUUGGCGAUCGUAAGUCACGCCAAAAUGCACACUAGAGACAAAGAGCUCAUGCCUUACUGAAAACUACCUGCAAAUAUGCAUGAACGAUUGUAGACUGAAGUAAAUUAUUACAACAUGUGUGAAACAAGAAAAUAUAGUUGUCACACAGGGGAACCUCCGUUCGUGUAGAGUGCACACUAGAGACGAAGAGUUCAUGCUUUACUAAAAACAUAGUUUAAAUCAAUUGAAAAUAAAAUGUCUAACUACAUAUACUUCGUAUAAGACGAAAAACAAAAAAAACUGGAAGUUUCACAUACAAAAUUUAUAUUUGCUCUGUUUUCUUUGUGUAUUUUUUGCAACGAAAGUAAGUGUAACGAUUUUGAUAGCACACUCCGUGUAAGUGUUAUUUUAAGCGUUAAACUUCUAUGAAAUUAUGAUAACACUUGCACUGCGUAUGCUAUCAAAAUACUCAUCGAGACAAUUCUAAAAACCCCUAACACAGUUAGGUUGCGUUGUUUCAUCACAGAGUUCCUAUGGCCACCUCCUGUCUCCAUCAUCAGAUCAGCUCGAUGGUACCAUAAUAUUGUAUUGUCAUCCGAUUUAUACAUGCAUGCAAAAUUUCAGCUCAAUCGGAAACCGGGAAGUGGAUCAAAUUUAACUUGCAAUAUUUGAUUACACACAGACAGACAGACAGACAGACAACGGUCAAGUGAAACUAAAUAAAAGCUUACCCGAUGAUUUUGUUUUAAAUUUAAAAGUGGAAAAAAUACUGUCUUGGGUGAGACUUGAACUCACGGCCUCUGGAUAGCAUCGUUCGCAGUCUCUGCUUGUUAAAAAUUAAGAUUUUGUUUUAUACGUAAUAAGUAUCCAUUUUUAUUCAAAUUAUGUACACUGUGCCAAAUAUUUUUACUUGUGUUCUCAUUAGAAUUAAGUUAAUUUAUGUAAUUUUAUGAAUAUAAGCUAGUUAAUAGUUAACAAAAUAUGAUGAACAAUUGAACAGUGAUUGGCGUUUUGGGUGCCACUCGGGGUGAAUGACCUAAAUUAUUACUUAUUUAAUAUCGCAUAUAUGUUAUAAAUACCUAACGUUUAAAUAGCUUUUUUUUCAACAGUUCGGUCGGUUGAAUUUUGGCAACCCUAAAUAGACGAAAGGGCUACUGCUAUACAUUAGAAAGGGAUAGCAUGAUUAGUCCUUAAAUCGCUGUCAAACUUCGGUUUUGUAGGAAGUGUCCUUUUUGUACGGUAGUACUAUUAGUUAUUCUGUGCCAAAACGACGAUUACUGAUGAUUAAUUAACUAUACUAGUGUUUGACAUUCUGGCCCCAAUGACUGACAGCCUGACAAGUGUUAUUUAGACUUAAUCGCGUAUUAAGUUUUAAAAUUACCUCCGACGUUUCGAAGACGGCAUUGUACCCGUGGUCUUGGAGAAAAUUUCCGCGAUUAAACCCCAUUUAUGUUAUAUUGUAGCUAAUAAUCAUGCAUAAUAUGCAGUGUUGUGAAUAACGCUUAUUUUUAGGCUUAAAGACCCAAGACUCGUAAGUCUUGAAGACUCGACUAUAUUUGGGAAUUGUAUUUAUUUAUUUUACGCGUAUGGAUGUAAGAUAUCGUCUUUGCCGCCUUUCAGGCGUUUAAGCCUCAAAGGCGAGUCUUUAAGCCUCGAACCUUUAAAAUUCUCGAGCGUUAUUCACAACACUAAUAAUAUGGGACCAAGUAAGUUUCUAUACGAUUAUAAAUAUAUGGUUGUAAAUAGUUUUUUUUUUAUUAGGAAAAUUUCGUGAGUGACUCGUUUUAGUAUAAUAAAUACGGGUCACUCACGUAUUCUAACUCAGCAUUGCUCGAAAUGGCAAUCGGUCAUGGAAAGCUACUAUAAUAUGUUUAAGUUGUUGUCGAUAAGUUCUCAUAAAAGAACACACACUGGAGAGAACACAUAUUCUUGCGUUAUAUGCACAAAUAAGUUUUCGGAUUCAAGCAAUUGCAAUACGCAUGGACAAAUCCAUACGGGCGAGAAACCUUUUGUUGCAAUAGAUGUACAGAUGUAGUGUUUAAUUAUUUUCCAUCGUAUUUUCUCGGAAACGUACGAACGUGUCUUGCUAUUGCUGGCAGUUUCGGUACAAAAAGUACUGAUGUUGACUGAAGUAGCAUGACAAAUACGAAUUUGUCAAAUGAAAACAAUUAUGCACUACAUCUGUAACAAGUUUUCGAACACGAGUUCUUUAAACAAUCAUAAAUGAAGUAAUGGAGCAUUCCAUGAAAUUGUCUACCGUUUGGCCCGUACAAACGCGUAUUUUCUGAAGAUUUGUAGGUAUAUGAGUUUCCUUUUCUAUGACAAAUGGUCAAAAAUAUGCAGAGAACAAUAAUCGCCUGCUUUAAAUGUCCAAAAAAAAGUCGCAACACAGGAAAUAAAAUGCGUUUGUACGGGACAGCCCGUGGAAUGCUCCUAAUUCAGAUGUAAAACCAUAUGCGUGUGAAAUACUUAUGUCAAUUUGAUUGAUACAUUGUAACGUACCGUGAAGCCAUCCCCCACACUGAAGUGAACUGUUUAUCGGUAAACCUUAUUACAAAAGCAUAAGGUCCACCGAUGGACAGUUAGAAUGUUGCUGUUUAUACAUGAGACUUAUGCUUUUUAAAUAGGGAAUAUUAGGCAAAGCGCUGCGUAAGUCACUAGCACAUAAAGUAAACAAACCUCAUUGACAUCAUCAAUGACACAUCAUGCGUCACUAGGUCUAUCACAUGGCCUACCGUGAAACACGACAAUCGAAAGUUCGGUUUCUGCCUCUCUAUCACUCUUGCUUAUCCGAUCGAUAGAGAGGCAGAUAAAGAAAUUUCGAUUUUCGCGUUUCGCGGUAGCCACCUAUAAACUACUUGGUGCAUCAAUGUCAUAGUGAAAACUUGUCAAAAAACUGUUAUUAGGUCUAGUAUGUAUGAGUUACUCUAUGGUUUACUAAUACUUAUUUGUACAACAAGAGAUCAAAGUUUGAUAUUUUUUCGAGUGCUUAAUUCUUGAAUCCCGUGCAAGCGAAAGAUUCUAUAAUAGAUCUAAUUUAGAAUCUUGAGCGUAGUAAGGGAUUCAAAAGCGCACGAGAUGUAAAUAACUUUGAUCUCGUGUAGUACACAAAAUAUUUCACCCUAAGCAGUGAGAACAUACCUAUUAGAGGGACAGAGAUAAUAGAACCCAAGUAUAUAGAACUUGUAUUAGACCCCGCAUGUUGAAAUGACAUUUGACUAUAAAGGUCACUUGAAUGUCAUUUUGUCUCAAUCAGUGAGCAAAAUGCGAUUUUGCUCACUGAGUGAAACAAAAUGACUCAGUGAGUGAGCAAAAUGCGAUUUUGCUCACUGUUUUUAAGAAGCAAAGUACCCUUGUUCGAGCUGCUGAGGUGAAAACAAAUUAGUGCUGCACUCUGGCGGCAGAACAUUGCAGUAAUACCCUAUUGAGAAAGGAUGAAACAUA